AUGGAGAGAAGUUGUUUCCUCUUGUCAAUCACCUUCUUGCUGGUGCUGCAGCUGCAGUACAGUUCUCUAGGCACAGUAGGUGCAGCACAAACCAACAUCACCACGGACCAGUCUGCUCUUCUUGCUCUGAAAGCCCAUGUCACUAGUGACCCUCACAACAUCUUGGUCAAUUGGUCAACGACCACCUCCGUUUGCAAUUGGGCUGGCGUUGUUUGUGGUGCUCGUCACCUCAGAGUAGCAUCAUUGAAUCUCUCGUACAUGGAUCUCACAGGCACAAUUCCACCAUACUUAGGCAACCUCUCAUUUCUUGUUGAGCUGGACUUGAGAAACAACAGUUUUCAUGACACCCUGCCCCAUGAAUUGUCUUAUUUACGUCGCUUGAAGUUUAUUGGCUUAAGAUUCAAUAAUUUUAUGGGAUCCAUUCCAUUGUGGUUUGGGUCCUUCCCCAAACUUCAAAGAUUGGAUUUGUAUGGCAAUCAGUUUUCAGGUACCAUACCUUCGACUAUCUUCAACUUGUCUACAUUGCAAGACAUAAAUCUAAGCUAUAACAAACUAUCAGGUGCGAUACCCAGACAAAUAGGGAACUUAACAAUGUUGAAGACGAUAUACCUUGACUUCAACAAUUUCAAUGAAAUUCCAAAAGAGAUCGGCUUUUUACAUCAACUGAAGAAGUUGUAUGUGCAGUUGAAUGCCCUAAAAGGCCCUGUUCAUGUGGCUGUUUUCAACAUGUCUUCUUUGACUACGUUGACUCUAUAUGAAAACAACUUGAGUGGUGGUCUUCCGGACAAUAUAUGCCAAAAUCUUCCUAGUCUUCAAAUCUUGAAUUUGGGUGGCAACCAGUUUGAUGGUCCACUUCCAUCCAAAUUAUGGCAAUGCAAAGAGCUUCUUGUACUUAAUUUGGAGGAAAACAAUUUUAGUGGAAGCAUACCAAAGAAUAUUGGGAACUUAACAAUGAUGAAGGAGAUACACCUUAGCCAGAACACUUUGACAGGCACUAUUCCAUGGUCCUCAAUAUUCAAUAUCUCCACCAUCAGAGAACUGUCGCUUGCUACGAAUCAGCUAUCGGGUAGCCUCCCAGCAAACAUAGGUCUUGGGCUUCCAAACCUAAAAAUCCUCUAUAUAGGAGACAAUGACCUCAGCGGAGUAAUCCCUAACCUAUCCAAUGCUUCCAUGCUCACGGAGCUUGAUUUGGCGCGAAACUCAUUUACAGGGUUUAUUCCUAGCACGCUAUGUGCCUUAACAAACCUUCAGCGGCUUAACUUAGCCUCAAAUAAUUUGACGAUUGAUACUUCCACUAUCUCUUGUUUGGUUAAUCUUGGAAAUUUGACAUUUUUAGCCUUGUCAGCUAAUCCGUUAAAUGCGAGACUUGAUGAUUCCUUUCGGAAUUUCUCUACAUCAUCGCUUCAAUAUCUUUCUUUAUUCAAUUGCAACAUGAGGGGUAACAUUCCCAUUGGUAUUGGCAACUUGAGCAGCUUGGUAAUGUUAUCCAUGGGAGGCAAUCAAUUGAGUGGAUCAAUUCCAACUUCACUGAGAAGACUAGGGAAUCUCCAAGGUUUGUUCUUGGAUGAUAACAAGUUGCGAGGGUACAUCCCAUAUCAACUAUGUCAAUUAGAUAACCUAGCUUACUUAGAUUUGAGGGUUGUGACAAAGGUAGAUUUAUCAAAUAACAAUUUAUCUGGUAUCCUUCCAAGAACUAUUGGGGGUCUUCGGGAUUUGGUUAAUCUAUCCUUGGCAAAUAAUAAUUUGGAAGGCCCUAUUCCAAGUUCAUUUGACGGGUUGCUAAGCCUGCAACUCUUGGAUUUGUCCAUAAACAAUCUGUCUGGAGUGAUUCCCAAGUCUUUAGAAGCUCUGUCACUUCUCAAGUAUAUGGAUUUGUCUUUCAACAGGCUCCAAGGAGAAAUUCCAACUGGUGGACCGUUCCAAAACUUCUCCGCUCAAUCAUUUGUCUCAAACAAAGCACUCUGUGGUGCAGCCCGACUUCAGGUUCCACCAUGCAAAAAUGGUACACUUGAACCAAAUUGGAGGAAAGCUAAAUAUAUCAUCCCAGGGAUCAUAUCAGUAAUUCUCUUUGUGGCCUCUAUAUCUAUCUUUGUACUAUGCAGGAAAAGGAAUGUGGAAGUUGCAAAAGAGGCUACCUCGUUGCCUCAACUUCUUUGGAGAAGAGUUUCACAUCUAGAACUUCUAAGGGGCACAAAUGGAUUUAAUGAAAACAACCUACUUGGAAGUGGGGGUUUUGGUUCAGUAUAUAAAGGGACACUUUCAGAUGGAAUAGAUGUUGCAGUAAAGGUUUUUAGUUUACAGCUAGAAGGGGCUUUCAAGAGUUUUGAUAAGGAAUGUGAAAUGCUAAGCAAUAUUCGUCAUCGAAACCUUAUCAAAAUCAUCAGUUGUUGCAGUGAAAUUGAUUUCAAAGCCUUGGUACUCAAAUACAUGCCUAAUGGGAGCCUCGAGAAGUGGUUGUACUCUCAAAAUUCUUUGAAUAUCUUACAGAGGUUGAACAUAAUGAUAGAUGCUGCAUCUGCACUGGAAUACCUACACCAUGAGUAUGGAUUGGAAGGAAUGGUUUCAACAAGAGGGGAUGUGUACAGUUUCGGAAUUGUAGUGAUGGAAACAUUCACAAGAAGGAAGCCAACAGAUGAGAUGUUUGAUGGGGAAAUGAAUAUAAAGCAAUGGAUUGCAAACUCACUAGUAUUACCAAAUGCAAAGAUAGAUGAAGUUGUGGAUGCCAAUUUGCUUGGGAUUGGGACAAAGCAGGAAGAUGAUGAUCAUGUGAGGAAGAGGGAUUGCAUAUCAGCAAUUAUGAGAUUAGCUCUUACUUGCUGUGCAGAAUCACCAGAAGAGAGGAUAAGUAUAAAAGAAGCUAUAGCCACACUCAACAAAAUCAAGACAAAGUUUUUGAAGGACGCUGCUGCAAGAAGAGGCGUGCUAUUAAACUGUCCUCUUGUUCAGCAACGCUUCAAUUAA